GGAUGGAGACGUAGUCUGUAGCGCUAAUGAAAUAUCGGCCUAAGAAGGAACUUAUCCAUGUUAAACGUGAUACAGUUCGACAGAAUACUGCUAGGUGAAAGUGGCUCUGAUAGUCGCAAAACAUGGGAUAUGAAUAUUCUCUACUAUUAUCUGUAAUAAGAUUCGAAGUUGUAAUUUUGUAAUUUAACCUGCAAGAUGUCAACAAGAGUCAACUCGUGAUUGCACAGUUUGAUUUGUUUAUACGUAAGAAAAGCACGUAGAAUGGCCUUGCGAGCUGGAAAUAAAUGUGCGGUGCGUUAUUGCCCCAGUAGGAGACGCAGUACGAAUUGCAGUUUUUUCAGGUUUCCCAAACAUGAGGAGCGGUGGGCAGAAUGGAUAAAGGCGUGCGAUCGUGAAGACCUGCGAGAGAAGGGACCUGCGUAUGCCAACGAAAAUGCUCGGAUCUGUGCGGUGCAUUUCGAGGAAAGAAUGUUCUUCAACUGUAAAAAGAAUCGGUUGAUACAUUCAGCAACUCCAACACUAUUUCUGAAUUUCAAGGACAAACCAGACAUUAAAGAAGAGGUGAACGAGUCGAUCGUGGACGACGAGCUGAUGCAUGCAUUCAUCACUCCAAAGCUGAAUAUAGUCUUCAGGUCAUCUACGGCAUAUACAUCUCUGGAAGAAGACGACUCCAUUUCGGGGAACAGCAGUGAAAUCAGUGAAUUAACGGUAUCGACUAUUCCUGUGAACGCUCCUCAUUCUUCCGAAGCCUGUGGGAAAAAGAUUUUAGUUAACAGACAUACGCAGACAUGCAACUCACCGACAAGGAAUCUGGAGUACACCUUGCAGAUGGAAGUGAAAAAGUUGCAAACGCAGGUUGCCAGAUUGCAGUACACCUUGAGACAGUUGCAUCUGCGUAAAUUAGCUCAGAAAAGAAAACUCCAGGAUAAUGUUAAAAUAACUAUAAAGCAACCGGAAUGCAAACGCUUGACGAGGGUAGGGGUUUAACAUAAGAUCGGAAAUUAAGGUUGUGGUACAAUUAAGGUUUUUAUUUCCUUGUUCUUAUUUUUUGGAAUGAAUUUACUCGAAUGAGCUGCGUAACAAUACCGAUGUAUAUAAACAUCUUUGAGUGCAUAAUAUAAAAGUGAAAAUCCUUUUCAAAUGAAA